AUGAUGCUGUUUGCAGCCAGUGGGUUCAACCACAAAACAACAGCAGCUCCCAGGCAGAGGGUUAACUUGUCACAGAGAGUACAGCAUCAAAUGACUCUGUCCUGACUCACAUAAGGAGUCAGGGGCUGCAGGCCACAGCAUGGGCAACUCCUCCAGGAAGGGAGAGGGAGAAGAAGAAGAGGAGGGGGGAAAGGAUGGCGAGGAGGCAGAAAUCACAGAGAAGAAGAAAGAGGAGGAAGUGGAGGUCGAGGAGGAGCUUCCACUUGGGGUGGAGGAGUUGCUGGAAAGUGGAGACCCUGUGCUGGACUUGAGCUACCGUAAAUUCAAGAGGUUACCGUUGCGUGUUUGUGGACUGAUGCACCUGGAGAAGCUGUAUGUUUGCGGUAACAGCCUGCGCACUCUGCCGGACAGCCUCUCCCAGCUGCCGGGUCUGCGGAUACUCGCCCUUGACUUCAACAAGCUGGAAGAUGUUCCCAUGGCCGUCUGCCAGCUCACUAACCUCACUCGCCUCUACCUGGGCAGCAACCGGUUGAUGACCCUCCCACCUGAGCUGAGGAACCUGCAGAGUCUGCGCUGCCUCUGGGUGGAGAGCAACUACUUCCAGAGAUUUCCACGGGUACUGUACGACCUGCCCCACCUCAAGUCCCUUCAGAUCGGGGACAACCGGCUGAAGACGCUGCCUCCUGACCUGUGGCGUAUGGAGGCUUUGAGGGGAUUAUGGCUCUAUGGAAACCGCUUUGAUACCUUUCCCAAAGUCUUGCUGCGCAUGGAGAACUUGGAGAUCUUAGACCUGGACCGCAACAAGAUAUCAGAGUUUCCCAGUCUGAAGCGUCUCCAUGCCUUGCGCCUGUUCUCCUACGACCACAACCCGGUCAAGGACCCUCCUAACGUGGGUGAGGAGGCGCUGAUCGUCGGGGAAGGGGCUGCAGAGUUCUUGGAGGAGCGUGAGGCCAAGAAGGAGAGGCGACGAAAGGCCGCAGAGAAAGAGGCUGAGGAGUUAGCUCUGGCAGGAGAGGAGCCGGUGAUUCACGGUAUUCUGAAGAACAGCAGCUCAAAACAAGCUGCAGUGACCAUAGACAACGCAAAUGUUAAAGAGGAAGAGUUCCUGGUUAAGGGGGAGGAGGUGGAAGGGGAGUACGAUGGUGCUGAGCUUGAAUAUGAUGAAGAGGGCAUCGAAUAUGAGACUGAGGAGCUUAUAUGUGAAGGAGAGGGGUUUGACUACGAGGGCGAGGAUCUGGAGUACGAAAGGGUUCAGAUGGACUAUGAGUACGAGGAUCUGGAGGACAUGGGGAGACAAGAUGAAGGGGCAUGAAAAACCCCUCAUACCUUCAGAGGAUCUGCAGGCAGGUGGAGGCGGAUGAAAGAAAAUCUGCAAAUAGAGUAUUUUAAAGAAGCUGACACAGGACGAGUGUGGGACUGUCUUAGCUGCGCUGCUAAUUUCUAAUCCGUUGUUAACUGUGAAAAUAAAGCUGGGCAUUAUGAUCCUAUAAACUGACAGCACCUGUGACAUCUCAAUCAGCUGGAAAUUACCAAAUCAGAGCAGGUCUCAGGUGGAG